UACUUCCGGGUGAAUCUUCUUCCAUGUGUCCCAAAAUGGCCGCUAAAAACAAACGUCAAAAAUUAAAAGCUACAAAAGAAACAUUUCAGGCCGAAAACGGCGACGCGGAAACAGAAGAAGACGAAAACGCGGUAGAAGAAGAUGAAGAGUUCAGGCUGGAGGAGGUUUUACGACUCGGAGGAACUCAGGCAGAUUACUUUCUGCUGGCCAACCUGACCGACUCAAACGAGCUUGUCGAUGGUGGGAAGAAAGGAGCCAUCGACGACCUGGAGGAGGGAGAGCUGGAAAACUUCAUCACCAAACUGGGCAUCCGAGCGUUUGCUGGACAGCAUGUCGUCUCUGACGUGCACGCUGCAGACUCGGGCGUUAAAGAAAGUACAAAGAGCGAAGCCAAGAAAACGUCAGCUGAACAGCAGCCAAAAGCUUCCGUGACAAAGCCAGCGGAAGAGAAAAAGAAAGCCAGGAAAGACCAGAAGAAGAAGGCAAAACAGAACAGCAGCGUGUUUGAGUUCCAGCCCAGACAGGUGCUGCUGAUUAAACCUGGAGGGAAAUGGUACGAGCUGGAAUACACCACAGAGUGGACGUCUACACCGCAGGAGGCUGCCCUGGUGUCCCAGUACAAGGUGCUGGCCCAGCGGCUGUUUGAGGCCGACGUUGAGCUCUACAAGACCAAGAAGAACCUGCAGAAAGGCGCCAACUCAGCCUGGAUGAAGACUGUGGUCAGCACUGGUGUGCUGGCUGAUAGAAUGGCAGCCAUGACUGUUCUGAUCCAGGAUGCUCCCGUGCAUGCCCUGGAGCACGUGGAAGUCCUUGUGUCCAUGGUGAAAAAGAAGGGUAGCCGGCGGAUGGGUCUGAUGGCAUUGGACACGCUACGAGAGCUGCUGCUGUCCAACCUGCUGCCCGAGGACAGGAAGCUGCGUACUUUUGAGCAGCACCCGUUUGAUCAGCUGGAGGAGAAGGCCAGCGGGAACUGUGACGCCCGCGACCGUCGCCUCAUCCUCUGGUACUUCGAGCAUCUGCUGAAACACCACGUAGCCGAGUUUGUGACAGCUUUACACGAGGUUGCUCAUGACUCUGUGACCGCUACCAAGGCAAAAGCGUUAGCCACCGCCCACGAGCUGCUGUGCAGCCGGCCCGAACAGGAGAGGGCGCUGCUCGUCCAGGUCGUCGACAAGCUCGGCGACCCUGAAUACAAGACCGCAGCCAAAGCCUCGUACCUGCUGGAGACACUCUUACACAAACACCCUAACAUGAAGGUGGUGGUGUGCAGUGAGGUGGAGCGGCUGAUGUUUCGUGCCAACGUCAGCGCUAAGGCGCAGUACUACAGCGUGUGUUUCCUCAACCAGGUGGUGCUGAGCCACUCUGAGGCUGAGCUUGCCAGCAGACUCAUCGCCAUCUACUUCUCGUUUUUCCGAGUCUGCAUCAAGAAGAAGGACAUUGAGUCCAAGAUGCUGAGCGGGCUGCUGUCGGGCGUGAACAAAGCGUAUCCCUACGCCAGCGCGGGAGACGAGAAGGUGAAGGAGCAGCUGGACACCUUGUUCAAAGUGGUUCAUCUGGCCAAGUUCAACACGGCGGUACAGGCGCUCAUGCUGCUGUUUCAGGUGAUGGACUCUCAGCAGAGUGUCUCUGAUCGCUACUACGUCGCCCUCUACAGAAUGCUGCUGGACCCAGGCUUGUUCUCAUCCUCCAGGCAGAACAUGUUCCUCAACCUGCUCUACAAAUCCAUGAAGGUCGAUGUUGUGCCGCGGCGAGUCAAAGCGUUUGUAAAGCGGCUGCUGCAGGUCAGCAUCAUGCAGAAUCCCAGCUUCGCCUGCGGGGCACUUUUCCUGGUGUCAGAGGUCAUGAAGACUAAACCGGGCCUCAAGAUCCUGCUGAAAGAAGAUUGGGACGGUGAAGAGAAGUUCACGGACCUCGCUGAAGAUGAUGACGACGAUGAAGAGCAUUUUGUGGAUGCUGACAAGAUGGAGGAAGAAGGGAGUUCAGGAGCUGCAGAGAUCAAACCAGCUGCAUCAUGGGUACAUCACCUGAAUCUGGAAGGUGGGAAAAACAUUAAGAGCUACGACCCGCUGCACAGAAACCCGCUAUACUGUGGUGCAGACUGUUCCACCUUAUGGGAGCUACAGCGGCUUUCUCUGCAUUUCCACCCGUCUGUGUCUCUGUUUGCCAAAACAGUCCUGCAGGGAGGAUUCAUCCAGUACUCUGGAGACCCUCUGCAGGACUUCACCCUCAUCAGGUUCCUGGACCGCUUCGUCUUCAGAAACCCCAAGCAGCACAAAGGAAAACAACAGGGGGCGCUGCAGUCCCAACCGAGGCUGGCGGUCGUGCACGUUUCAGUCAAUACUGAUGAGUUUCUGUCAAAAGAAGAAAGUCAGGUUCCUGUGGAUGAAAUCUUCUUCUAUCGGUACUUUAAAAAACGGCAGCAGGAGAAACAGUUUCGGCGUCCACAAGGAGACGGUGAUGACGAGAGCGUGGAGGAUGUGGACGAUGAGGAGUUUGAGAAGAUACUCGAUUCCUAUGAGGGAGACUCUUAUUUCACCCAGCUGGAGAAAGAUCUGGACUUUGCAGGUAAUAUGAAGAGUAAAAAAGACUCUAAAGGCGUUGAGGCCUCGGACUCUGACGUGGACGACUCUGAGGUGGACAACCUGGACGAUGAGGAGCUUUCUCUGGGCAGCAUGGAGGAAGAGGACUUUGGAGAUGAAGUGGAGGAGGAAGGGGGGAUGUUCAUGGAUCCUGAUGGAGAAGCAGACUCGCAGACUGAGGCGGGCAUGUCACAUGUCGGUCCUCGUGUCAAGAAGAGAAAAUCCUCAAAUGAACCGGAUUUCUCUGGAUCUUUAGGCUCCAAACAGAAGAAGACAAAGAAAGAUUCAGCUGUGUUUGCAUCUGCUGAAGAGUUUGGCUCCAUGUUGGAUGAGAACGCCGGCUCCAAGUUCGACAACAUUGGGCUGAGCGCCAUGGCCAACAUGGACAGAGCAGGUCUGAAGCAGCUGAAGUGGGAGGCUCAACGAGACGACUGGAUCCACGGGCGAGACGCCAAGACGCUGCGUAGGAGAAAAGCCGUUUUCAAUAAGAGGAAGACGUUUGGCCGAGCAAAGACAGGCAGCAGGACAUUCAGGAAGAAGAAGUAGUAACUGCUACGGCUUACCUUUAUACCUGUUUAGCGGUCCAGGCUUUCCGGUCUGUUUCUCGAAUGCCAUAAAUCCCCGCCCACUCGUUGGAUUUGUAGUAAACUGGGAAGACAGAGAAAGAAAGAAAGACAGACAGCUUCUAGAUCAGCUGGAGUUUGACCUUUACGCUGAAGACCGGAAUGAACUGGUGUCAACGUCUGAGGAACCAACGUGGGACACUUGUCAUGGUUACGUUUGUUCUCAGAGAUUAUUGGAUGAUUUUGCUUUAAUAAAGUUUUUCUUUAAACCAUUAACAGAUCAAAAAAGUACAGAGAUACAGAUUUCA